AUGUAUGGACUAUCAAAGGCUUUUGUUCUGGGUAGCAAUGAUAAGUCCCGGGUGCGCGGCCCGACCACCUCCGAUGCAACCCGUGGGAAACCCCGCAAAGUCCCAUCUCCUCUCCGCAUCACCGACUCUAUGGGGCGCCCAAAGAUUAACCCUGAAAACCGCCUACGGGCCAAUACAGCAUGCACUAAAUGCAGAGCCUCCAAGAAGCGAUGCAGUGGCUCAUUCCCAUGUACCAACUGCAUUCGCAAGGGACAAGCCCGCUCCUGCAUUCCUUUUAAAUCUACACCAGAGAGUUCUAGCAGGCACGGGGAACAAACUCUUAGUUCCAGAUUGAAUACGAUUACAGCAUGGGAUGAACCAAAUCAGCCGUUCGAAACUCCUCUACCUUCUCAGAUCCGUGCUACUAGUCCGUCGGAUCGUCUGCUGGAGCGCCCGGCUGCGGGCUCGCGCUCGCCCGAGGCAACGCACCGGACGCAUCCGCGGAUGCUGCGCAAUUUACAGGGAGAAAGAGUAUAUGUUGGCAAGGCAGCGUCCUUGUCAUUUCUGCAGCUCCUUCGAGAGACAGUGUAUCAGCACAUCGGACCGUCGCAAUUCUCUCAAAAUUGGAAUGAUAAUAUGCUGGAAAACGAAGCUCAACAUGACACACUGAGCUUCUCCGAAGAAAGCUGCAGUGUAGAAGAUAAGCGCCGCUUUAUCUCCAACUUUAAUGCGGUGACUAGUGGAUUUCUUUACUUGGGAUACGAAACCGAAGCAUUGCUGGCGGAAACCAGAGAGCCCAAGACCGAGCGGGAAAAGACUCGUGCAGCCAUUGUGGACCUGAUGACUGCCAUCGGCGCCCAGUCAUGUUUGAACGAGCCCGACACAGUACAGAUUGAGCGCUUUUUCUUUACUCGUGGGCAACGCAGGACGUUUGCCAACUUCCUAGAAGAUCCAAGUAUGGAUAUAGCUCGGGCAUUUCUGCUCAUGUCAUUCUAUAUGCUCGGGGCGUGCCGUCGGAAUGCCGCAUUCAUGUAUCUGGGUGUCGCGGCUCGAUCCGCUGUCGCUCUGGGACUUCACGAGGAUUCAUCGGGACUGGGCCAACAUGAACAAGAAGAAAGGUCAAGAUUAUGGAUGAGUCUAUGUGUGCUUGAUCUUGUCACGAGCUCGAUUCUGGGUCGGCCAGCAGCCACCUCGGCACUUUUACCAGAUCGGCAACGCAGUCGACAAACCAACACAGCUGGCGAAGCUGGCUUAUUUGCUUCAUACCGACUGUCUUUUGUUUUAAGUGAGAUAAUUGGCCGCUUAUAUGGCGACCAGACCGCCUCCAUUGAAAAGGCCGAGAUCUUGCUUGCUAAGCUCAAUCGAUGGAGUCAACAACUGCCUGAUUCUUUGCGCACCCCGGCUGAGAAUGAAAACUCUGACGACGCACAGAAGCGUGUUAUCGGAAACAUGCAUGUGGCAUGCUUAUACCACUUUGCGGUUAUUCUUCUUACCCGUCCUUUUCUAAUCUCUACGUUGAGCAUACGCUUAGCAAGGUUACACCAGAGCGUCUCUACGAAUGGAGUGAGUGAUGUCCCUGAAGAAGAUCCAGCACACUCCCGACUAGCAGCUGCUUGCAUUGAUUCUGCAGUCUAUAUGCUGCAAACAUGUCUUGAACUGCACCAGUCUGAUCUUCUCAUGCGUAAUAUGUGCAUCCUUAAAGCUUUUGUCUUCGCUGCAGCCUUAGUCUUAGGAUUUUCAAUGUUUGCCCACCGUGCUGUUGACUCUGAAAUCGACAGCGCAUUCACAGGUGCCCUAACGAUUCUGAAAAUGCUGGCACGGCAAUCUGCACAAGCGGCCCACUACCUAGAAAUAUUGACUUUGCUCGAAACUGCCGUCACCCAGCAGCGUCAACGCCUAGCUUCACAGGCCCGUCAACGUCGCAGCCAGUAUGUGAGUCGGAUAUUCAGCUUGAAUGAUAGCCCCGACAUGCCCCGUGAACAGAACCAGAAUGAGAUCCGACCCGACAGAGUAACCCCGCUCUUAUCGCAAGGCCCAUUGUUUCCCUGGACUCCACAAGGGGACGGCCCGAAUACAUUUACACCCCCAGUGUUAGAUGGCACGUUUUUAGAUUGGGAGGGUAUGGAGUUGCCUUUAUGGGAUAGUUUUCCUUUCACCGAGCCAGGCUCAUGUGCUCUAUGA